GGCUCCCAUAUCUCCUGCCUCACCGUCGCAACACAACAAAGUCACGCACUUUACACUUCACUUUUAACACAAUACAAUGUCUGGCCGUGGAAAGGGCGGAAAGGGUCUUGGAAAGGGCGGAGCCAAGCGUCAUCGCAAGAUUCUUCGUGACAACAUUCAGGGCAUAACCAAGCCCGCCAUUCGUCGUCUUGCCCGUCGUGGCGGUGUCAAGCGUAUCUCUGGUCUUAUCUACGAGGAGACCCGUGGUGUCCUUAAGAUCUUCCUUGAAAAUGUCAUCCGUGAUUCGGUAACAUACACUGAGCACGCAAAGCGGAAAACUGUCACUGCUCUUGACGUCGUCUACGCUCUGAAGCGCUCAGGGCGUACUCUGUACGGUUUCGGUGCAUAGAUGUUUUGGGAUUUCGCUGCAGCUUGUUGUAUUGUAUAUGUAUCAUUAUAAUCAUUUUCCGGAUUGCACUAUGGAUCUUCGUCCUAUAACUGGUCGGCAAACAAUUCAAUCUUUGUUCCAACUCUACGACAUAGGGUAACUACACCAAUGUUACUGUCAGACGGAUGCAUAUAUGUUCUACAAACUAAGGUAUCAUGCACAAGGUAUAUCUGGUAACAUGGUAGAGUGGUGCGUGCACUCGAAAGGUGUAGGCUCGUAGGUGGACAUUAUUCUCAGCGAAUCCGAGAUGACAGCAGUGCCUUGAACCAUGUCCGAAACACAAAUUCACCCUCCAGUACGGGUUCAGGGUCCUCCACGUAAGACAUGGCGAUCGCACUAAGGCAAGACCGCGCAAUCUUCCAGUUGGAUUGGUGUAAUCAAGAGACUUAUAUUCUGUUUUCCUUGCGCCUCAGAGUGGCCU